AUGAUGGCGAUACUAGUUCACAGGAUUCCACAAAGCACGCGGCGCGCAGCCGCCGCGUGCAUUCUCCUCCUCUCCACGUCUCUUAUUUCCGCCGUCACGCAAACUUCCGCCGCAGACGCCGCCGCCAUUUCCCUUCCCGAGUCGCUCUCCUCCUUCGCCAACGUGGCGUUGCUAGACCCGCGCCUCGAGCUCCACUGGACCGUCAACGACAGCGACGCUACUAUCCGAUUGGCGGUUAGGGCUAACACGGCGGGAUGGCUCGCUAUAGCCAUCUCCGAGAUAGGCUCCAUGGCUGGCUCAGACGCGCUGGUGGCGUGGGUGGCGGAGAACGAGGGCCGCGCGUACGCCACAGACUGUUUCAUCUUCAACACCACAGCCACCAGAACCGCACUGGACGACCAACGCGUGCUGGGCGGCAGCCAUACCACCAACCAAUCCACAACUUACUUUAUCCUCCCUCUUUCCAAACCAGACGCCCUGGUGGCAUGGGUGGCGGAGAACGAGGGCCGCGCGUAUGCAACAGACUGUUUCAUCUUCAACACCACAGAAACCGGAACCGCACUGGACGACCAGCAGGACUGGCACGUGCUGGGCGGCAGCCAGAUCACCAACCAAUCCACGGGCGACACGUGGACCACCGUGCACGCGUGGCGCCUGCUCGACACGGGCGACUGCAACGACCGCCCGAUUGUUCCCGGGAAGCUUCACAACAUAAUCUGGGCCUCUGCACCGCCCUCAACCGCUUCGCCUUCUGCUGCUGGGUCUAACUCGGCUCGAGGGGUCGGGCGGCUGGGCGUGGAGCGGCGGCAAGUGGCAGGGGAGGUGGAUGUUCAGGCGGGCAUGCUUAAUUUCACUUUCACGGAUUACCCCGUCCCCACUGACCGUUCUUCCUACCGCUGCAUGGUGAUAGACGUGCCCCUGGAGAAUAAAGAGCACGCGGUGGAGUGGGGGCCGGUAAUCAACACCAAUGAAGUGGCCUCCCUGCAUCACUCCUUCCUCUACGGCUGCUCCUCGGAAGAGUACCCGAAUCUGCUGCCAUCGGGGAUGAUAUUCGACUGUGUGGGGAGGGCGCCCUGCGGCACGUUUGUGGCAGUGUGGGCGUGGGGAGGGCGCCCCUUCACCCUGCCCCCCAACAUCGGCUACCCCAUUGGCCCGGGCUACUUCACCAAGUUCGUGCUAGAGAUGCACUACGUCAAUCCCGAGGCCCGCACUGACAUAGUGGAUAGCUCAGGGCUGUACCUGAAACUGGCGGCAUCUCGGGAUCUCCAAGACGCGGCCAUCAUGAAGGUCGGGCUGGUCGACCACACCAACCUCAUCCGCGUGCCGCCCGGCAUGCCCUCCUGGACGCUCGCUAACUCCUGCCCGGGCGAGUGCACUGCUGCCGUGUUCAAGGACCAGAGUGUGAAGAUCGUGGGAUCGAUUCUCCAUGAGCACAAUAUUGGACGGCAGGUGUAUACGGAGGUGCUAAGGGGGGGCAGUACCGUCACAACCAUAAACCGCAUUGACUACUUUGACUAUGCAUCGCAGCAGACCAUGCCGGUGCAACCAGAGUUUGAGCUGCUACCAGGAGACGAGAUUCGCACCACCUGUGUGUGGGACUCCACCACUCGCACCAAUGUAACGGUGGGAGGGCCAGCGGCUGAGAAUGAGAUGUGUGUGAACUACCUCGUCUACUACUCCGCAACCCAGAUUCAAGAGAUGCAUGCGUGCUACACGGUGUGUGGGGCGAUCGACAACGACACAAUGGUAAUAGACCCCAGCCGCCUGGACCUCUCCACGCACUACGUGUGUGGCCCGGGGCACAACCCCUUCAUCCCCACCGGCAAAUCCUGCGUUAUCAGCUACGGCUGCCUCGAUAAUGUUACUGUCCUCUAUGGCUGCCCUGAUCAGACCAAAAUUUCUCUCUCAACCAUUCCAGUUGACGACAUAUCAACACCACUACAACCCGGCGAUUUCUCCCCAUCAGCUGCUGCCAUUGCUGCUGCUUCCACUGCAAAUACCAAUGAUGUUGCUUCCCCCAUCGAUACCAAUGCUCUUGCGUCCCGGUCCAAUACCACUGGAAAGGCUGCCCCAGCAGCAGCAGCUGAUCCGCGCCUCGAGCUCCACUGGACCGUUAACGACAGCGACGCGACCAUACGAUUGGCGGUUCGAGCCAACACGGCGGGAUGGCUCGCUAUAGGCAUCUCCGAAAUAGGCUCCAUGGCUGGCUCAGACGUGCUCGUGGCGUGGGUGGCGGAAAAAGAGGGCCGCGUGUAUGCAACGGAUCGCUUUAUCUUCAACACCAAAGCCACCGGAAUCGCACUGGACGCCAAGCAGGAUUGGCACGUGCUGGACGGCAGUCAAACCACGAACCAAUCCACGGGCGACACGUGGACCACCGUGCACGCGUGGCGCCUGCUCGACACGGGCGACUGCAACGACCGCCCCAUCAUUUCCGGGAAGCUUCACAAUAUCAUCUGGGCGACAGGACCCACGGAUGACGUCAGCUAUCAUGGCUCCACGCGAGGGGGUGCCGCCCUGCUGCUCGCUCCUGCUCCCGGCCCAUCCAUUCUCGACCCCUCAGAACCGCCCUCAACCGCUUCUGCUGCUGCUGUGUUGAAAUCGAUUCGAGGGUCCGGGAGCUUGGCCCAGGCCGGGCAGCAGCAAGCAGGGAGGAAGGAGGAGGGUGAGGCGCGCGUGCUGAAGUUUACUGUGAAGGAUUAUCCCGUGCCCACUGACAGCUCCUCCUACCGCUGCACGGUGAUAGACGUGCCGUUGGAGAGCAAGGAGCACGCAGUGGAGUGGGGCCCGGUAAUCAACACCACUCAAGUGUCCUCCCUCCACCACGCCUUCCUCUAUGGUUGCUCAUCAGAAGAGUACCCGAAUCUGCUGCCAUCAGGAAUGAUAUUCGACUGUGUAGGGAGGGCACCUUGCGGCACAUCCGUGGCCGUGUGGGCGUGGGGAGGGCGCCCCUUCACCUUCCCUCCCAAUGUCGGCUACCCCAUCGGCCCCGGCUACUUCACCGAGUUCGUGCUAGAGGUGGGCGCAGUGUGGUUCCAGGCGGUUUGUUUGAGCUGCUACCGGGAGACGAGAUUCGCAUCACCUGCGUGUGGGACUCCACCUCUCGCACCAAUCUACCUGCCCCUGCAGGUAACGGUGGGAGGGCCAGCAGCUGAGAAUGAGAUGUGUGUGGCAUACCUUGUUUACUACACCGCAACGCAGGGCCGAGAGAUGCAUGCAUGCUACACGGUGUGUGGGGCGAUGGACAACGGAACACUCUCUAUCGACCCUAGUCGCCAAGACCUCUCGACCCACUACGUGUGUGGGCCGGGGCACAACCCCUUCAUCCCCACCAACAAGCCGUGCACUAUCAGCUUCGGGAGCAACAAUCCUGUCACAGUCCUCCAUGGCUGCCCUGAUAAGACCAAGGCAUCGGUCUCAGCCAUUCCACUCGAUGCCAUCUCAACACCACUCCAACCCGCUUCACCCUCCCGCUCUCCUCAUGCCGCUGCUCUCGUGCCGCCGGCCGAAACCAGUUCGCUUGCUUCCCCCGCAAGUACCACUGGAAAGGCUGCCCCAGCAGCGGCAGCUGGCAGUUCUAGUAUCACAUUGAUGGUAGUGCUUCCCUCCUUUUUAGCCUUGCUGAUGGCAGAAAUUAUGUAUGUACAUUAA